CGCGAAUAUGUUCCUUAACGUAUAUACUCUUUACAAUUAAAAUCGAAUUCACCCACCAUCCUCCUCUUCUCUCCGACGUAUAUGGCGAAUCCGGUUGCCGUCGUGAGCCCUCACUUCCUGGCUCCGCAUCCGGUAGAUCUAACCAUCGUCAGGAAACUGCUGUCUCUCUCCGACGGAAACUUCGCCGUCACCGACGCAAACGGUAACGUUAUGUUCAAAGUUAAAGGCAAACAUUUAAGUCUUCGCGAUCGCCGUGUUUUGCUCGAUGCUGCUGGUAAUCCGAUCCUAUCGUUCCAGAAAAAGCUGCUAGGUGUUCACAAUAGAUGGGUGGUGUUUAGGGGAGAUAGCUCAGACGCAAAAGACAUCAUCUUUACUGCAAAACAAUCUUCUUUGAUCCAAUUCAAGACUUCCCUUGAUGUGUUCUUGGGGUUUAAGGAAAAGGAAAAUGUCUGUGACUACAAAGUCAAAGGCAGCUGGUUUGACCGAUCAUGCACCAUUUAUGCUGGUGAAACCACCACCAUUGUUGCUCAGAUGCACAAGAAGCACACUGUCCAAAGCAUAGCACUGGGGAAAGAUACGUUUUAUGUGACUGUGUAUCCAAAUGUCGACUACGCCUUCAUUGUUGCACUUGUUGUCAUCCUCCAUGAAAUCAACGAAGAGAAGAAUGAUACUGACUAA